AUGAGUUCAGUUGCCCAACCUAACGAUAUUGAAAAUAUGACUCUGCUUCAAUUGCCCAACCUAACGAUAUUGAAAAUAGAAAGAUGUGAAGUUUUGGAAUAUAUAUUCACAAGUUCCACACUUGAAAGCCUCAAGCAACUCAAAGAACUGACUGUAAAACAAUGCAAGGCAAUGAAAGUGAUUGUGAAGGAAGAGGGAGAGCACACAGAAACAUCUAAAUCUAUAAUAGUCUUCCCUCGUCUCAAGUCCCUUACACUUGUAGAUUUACCAGAUCUCAAGGGUUUCUUCUUGGGGAAGAAUGAGUUCAGGUGGAAAGCAUUGGAAAAGGUUGAGAUGGAUGGCUGCCCACAAAUGAUGAUUUUCACAUCUGGUCACUCCAUGACUCCGAAGCUCAACUACAUACAUACAGGAUUAGGCAAGCAUAGUCUUGAUCAAUAUGGCCUCAACUUCCAUUUGACCAAUGCUACACAUGAGACUCAACUUCCUAUGUGCUCUACUCCAGAUAUGAUAAUGCUAGUUCAGUUCCUGUGGUCUUUUUCAAAUUUAGUUGAAGUAGAUGCACAAUGGAAUGACAAAUUGUUGAAAAGCAGCAUAAUUUUUCCAUGCAAGGAGUUGCUAAAUUUGAAGAAUCUUGAAAAGCUUUCUAUUACCGGGAACUAUGAUGAAUCUAAAAUAGAGGAGGUAUUUGAAGUAGCAGAAGGGACAAAUGAAGAUGUGGAUAUUGAAACACAAUCUGUUGUGGUAUUUCAGAAGCUGAAAGAGGUGACUCUGGAUGGACUACAUGAACUAAAACAUAUGUGGAAGAGCAAUCGGUGGAUAGUGUUGAACUUUCCAAACCUUACAAAGCUCCAAGAGCUACAAAUAAGUGAGUGCGAGAGUAUGGAUGUGAUUGUGAAGCAAGUUGAAGAUUCCGAAACCAGACUGACUACAGAGUUUUCACAAAUGGGCAAUCAACUACUCCGGAGCUCAAACCAAACAACAAGAGGGAUGGGAGUUCUAGAGCAACAUCAAAUUCACACGUGCGGUUUGGUUCGUUUUGAAGUUAGCUAUAUAGCACAGUUGCUUGCUUACUACUCUUUCAAUUCGGGUUAUUGAACUUCUAUUUUCAAGUAAUCUUAUCUAUGAUGUGUCCACUUCUUGUAUUUAAUUAAGCUGUGACCAACUUAGCAAUAAUUACACAAGUUUUUAUUAAUUGGUCUGUACAUGUUCCACUAUUUUAAAUAGUAAAUAAAUUCAGUGGUUGAAGGUGCAUAGAAUGAUAAUCCAUCAUACAUGAAACUUUCUUAGCUCACACCGGGUAAGAAAGAAAAAAAAGUAUGAAGCUAAUUUGCUAUAACAUAAAACUUCUCUUAAUUCAACAGAUCUGUGCUCUUAAUUUUUAUGAACACCCGGUGUUUGAUAAAAUUCUUCAAUGAAAAAAGACCCAUAAACUUUUGGCUCCUCUUUUAAGUCAAGUGUAUUAAUGUUUGUUUUGUAUAUGAGCACUUAAAUCUUGAGGAAGCGAGUCCAUUUCUCUCUUGUAAGUUGAGUGUGUCAGUGUCACCCAUAUAAAAGCUUUGUUUUUCAAUCUCUGAAAUAAAAAGAAUAAAAUUUGGUUACAAAUAUCUUAUGUUCAGUGCAGGUUUCCAUCGCCACCUUCAAUGAAUCUAUCUCAUGAUGAUUUUGAGUUAACAAUUGUUCACUAAACCUAGAUAAGUUACAAUUAUGCCCAUGACUAUGAGCCAUCCAUUGAUUAUUUUAAACCUAUUUGAGAAACAGAACACUUAUGCAUAUUAUCUGAUUUUUGAUGCAUCUGAGGUGUAAC